UGGUGAUCGGAAACCACGGAAGGACUUGCUAGUGAUGGUUGAGCUGCGGAUACAGAAAGUUAUAAAGAGGCAGCUGUUCCCACCAUGACCUCUUGUCCGUCCUCAUCAAGCACCUGUUCCUCGACCCUCCCAGACUUUAACUUUUAACCAUCUCGACUACCAAUCUAUCACCAUGGCCCGCCUUCCUCCUGCCGAGAAGCUGCCCCUUGCCCUGCGCAAGAACGUCCGGGACGAGUGGGACAACAGCAAGGCCGACCUGGAGAAGCAGCUCUCCGACGUCCUCGGGGCCGCCUGGACCAUCGACGUGAACCCCCUCGCCAUCUGGCCCUACCACAACGACGGCUACGCCAAAGAGUCACUCGGCAGCUGCAUCAAGGGCUACGUCGAAGGCGCCCUCUACCACCUCAAGUACCUCGCCGACAAGCACGGCGACGAGUUCAAGAACGAGGUCAACACCAUCUGCAGCGCGCACGUGCUAACCCUCGACCUCGAAGAGACCAGCCCACCCCGCUUCUCCUACGGCGGGUGCGACGUGCAGGACGGCCAACUCCGCAUCCUGUUCGUGGAGGGCAACCUGGGCAGCAACAUCAACGACUGCUGCCAGGAGGACAAGCUGAGCGCAGCUUUGAACGCGGCGCCGUCGGACACGCCACUCUCCUUCGUCGCGCGCACGGCGAUCCGCGCCGACUACGAGCCGCGGAUCGGCGAGGCGCGCGCGCAGAUCGCCGCGCUGCUGGGCAAGCCCGCCGAGGAGGUGACGCUGAACCCGAACUUCGAGGCGAGCUUCGCGGCGCUGGAGGCGGCGCGCGAGGCGGGGAAUAGCGACGUGCGCGAGGACUGGCAGAGCAACCUGGCGGCGUUCACGCUGCAGUACUUUGAGGGGCUGGCGUACCAGAUGAAGGCCAUGCAGGUGGGCGAGGACGAGAUGGUGCGGGAGGGGGUGCUGGAAGCGGUCAGCUCGAAUGAGUAUGCGUUCCGGACUGUCGACAAGCUCAAGUACGAGACGUACUGCGAGUGCGACAUCGAGGAUGGCGUGCUGUAUGUCCAGUGCACGCCGGGCUACUUCGGGACCAACGUGAACGAUGCCGCGGCGAAGCUGAUGGAUAGGCUCUGAUCGAGGGGGCGUUCGGGAAACUACUGGGCGUGGAAGCCUCAAUACAAGCAUGAUCAUAGCUCAAGCCCCUGAUGCCACUUCUUGAGUGACGUAC